GGCGCAUCGAUCGGUAGACGCGCUACAGUAACCAGGCACGCGUUCUACCUCACCCUGUCCUUCCCGCCCAUCUUCACUCGUAGGCUGUAUCCCAACCUGGACAUACAAGAGCACCUCAAAACGCCACAAACAUGUCUAUGCACCCUCCUCGCAAAGGGCCCAAGGUCCCUCUCAAGCUUCCCGCUUCGGCCUUCUCUCCUCCCAACUCGGGCACCGGCGAGAAGUUUCCCCUAGCACCCAGCCCGUCCGCUCUUCGUCCGAAGGAGAUCAUUGACGCCAGCGUUCCAGUCGGGACGGAUCUGUCCCUGAACGCAUGGAAGGAGAAGGCCGCAGGCGAGCUGCACGACCAUGUACAGGGAGCCAUCCUGUUUGCUUCCGAUGCUUCGGCAGCGAGCGCUGCUGCCCCAUCAUCGACGAUACCCAUUCUGUCGUUGGCCGUUCCAUUCAGCCUCGAGGACACCGAGCACACCCUCCCCUCGUCGAGCCUACCAAUGACUCUGCACACUGUGUACAAGAGCGCAUCUCCGCAAGCCCAGGAUGGCCUGCGGUGGGCGAUGCAGCAAGGCCGCCCCGUCGUGAUUGAUAUGGAGGCGGUUUUCGAGGACUCGGUGUGGGAAGGCUUCGAAGACGCGCUUGGGAAGUCUACGGCCGACCUCGAGAAAGUCCCGCCCAUAAUCCUAUCGCACCUGCUGCCCCCGAAGCACGACAUCGAGCUCCCCAUUGUGAAGCUCAUGAACCACCCCUCAUAUCGCGACUUCCAAGCGCAGGUCGCCGCGCUCUCGCUGUUCUCGACCGCGUCUGUGAACUUCCUUCCUCCGAAUUGGGAUGGCCCGACCCCGUACGAAGGUGACGCCGAUGAGAAGAUCAAGAGCGAGUGGAAGCGUAGAAUCAAGAUGUACUUGGGACCCGUUCUCGAGGCAUUCGGCAUCGAGAGGAUCAUGUUCGGGUCCGGCAAGUCUCCGUCGCCCGCGCUCUGGUAUGAGAUCGCGAGGGAGUCACUUGCUGAGCUGGCCAUCGACCAGGAAGCUAUUGACGCCGUGUUCUUCGGUAACGCGAAGCGCAUAUACGGAUCUCUGUGAUGACUUGUAUCUGCUACGACUCGUGUCCGUAGUAACGUGGAAUCUCUUUGUCAUUGCUUGUCGAGUACUUGUACAACAUAACAUGAUUGUGAAGUAGAAGGUCAUGUACCGGCUGA